UUAGAUUUUAGAACAAACAAAAUAAAAAUUUGCAAAUUACGAAAGCAAUUUUUUCUGCUUUUGUCAAUAGAAGUAACGAUUUACAAAUUACAAUGGAAGAAACGCAAAAAAAGCCAAAAAGGAAGCCAACAAAAAUCGAAGAUAUGACAAAGGAACAAAUACGACAAGCCAUUAUUAAAAAACGCGAGUGCAACGCUAAAGCUCUACAAAUUGUAGAAAGUUUACUAGAAAAUUGUGUAAAUGAAGAUUAUUUACUCAAAUGUUUGCCAGAUAUAAAUCAAUCACACUUUGAAGAUGUAAUUGAAGAACGAUCGAUUUUGCACCUCUGUGGUUACCCUCUAUGUCAAAAGACCAUAACACAAAACGAGGUGCCCAAACAGAAAUACAGAAUUUCUAUUAGAACCAAUAAAGUAUACGACAUAACAGCAAGAAAAAGUUUCUGUAGCAAUAGUUGUUACAAGUCCGCCAUGCAUAUAAAAAAACAAUUGUUAACUAGUCCACUGUGGUUCCGAGAGUAUGAAGAAAUUCCAACAUUUAAUUUGUUACCCGUAGAUACAAUAGGUAGCUUAGGACAAGAAGUAGAUUUAGGUGUCACCAAAAUUGAUCUACAGGCUGAAAAUCAUUUCACAUCUAUUAAUGAUUUUGCAAAUGCCAGCUUAGGAGACUUCAAUGAGGGUAUUAAUUCACACAAAAAACAGAAAAAUGAUACAACAAAAAGUUCUAGCUUGUCACCUCAAUUAGAAAAUACUGAAAUAGAUAAAUCUUUACAAGAUAUACAGACUAAAAUGUGUAAAGUUGAUAACAUGACAAAUAAUAAUAAAGGGUCAAUAAAUACCAAUAUGGAAAGUAAGAAAGAGCAACCAAAGAAAAAUGUUCGCAAUCCAUUAAACAUUGUCGGGGAAGUCAUAGAGAGACCUGAGAAGAAAAUUGAUCCAAUCCUAUUAAAUCCACCUUGCAGUGAGACUGCCAACAAACCUGCAACAUCCAAGAAGGAACCACAAACCAAGCAAAAGAUCAUCACUACUUUGAUUAUUGAAGUGGAGAAAUGCCUCGCAGAAUGGUUUACAAUUGACACACUGUUGUAUCUGUUUGGGGAGAGCAAAGUAAAGGAGAUGGUUGCUGACAAGGGAGACUGUAUCAAAGAGUACUUAAACAACUAUUCACAAACUUUCCUAUACAACUCCUAUAUGUAUGACCAGUACCAGGCUUUAUGUAAAAAGUUGAAUAUGCUGGAGCUAGAAGACAGACAGUAUGAUUCCAAGACUUUAAGUAAGGAAACUAAACCUUUACCGAGUUAUUCCAUUCUAAAGGAGGAAAGUAAGAAAAUGCAGUUGAAAGUGAAGGCAUUCUUUUCCGGGGAAACAGAAAUACCAGAAAUAGAACCCGACGAGGCCGAAACAAAUGAAGAGGAGGCUACACCAAAUUUGCCUCUAGUUGAUAAGAAUGCUCAGAAUGCAUUGAGGAGAAAAAUAGUUUGCCAGCACCUAAACAAAGUUUUACCAGACUUACUGAGGUCCCUGGGUCUAUUGACUCUGACUAUAAGUUCCGAUGUUCGCAUACUAGUAAACACAUUUAAAUUAAAAGCUAACAACAUAAUGUUUAAGCCGGUACAAUGGACACUUAUAGCUAUAAUUUUUAUUAAACUGCUAUCCUUGAGGGACCCGAGAUUAAAACAUUUGCUGGAACAAUCUACAGCAUUUAAUCAUAUGCAAUUGCUUUUACUGAGUUAUCAGCAGGACGGAGGUUACUUAGAUAGACUUAUUAUUUGGCUAACUGAUGUUGACAGACUGUUAGAUGCUAAUGACACACAACUCACUGUAGGUUGAUUGCUAUGUGAAGUAGAAAUAUGUAUUUGAAAAUAAAAUAUAAAUGUUAAUAUUUUUACUGUUAA